GGCGGCGGCGGGCCGAGGGGGCGCGGGGACACGGCCAGGCGCCCCUGCCCGCCGCGGUGCCCGCCGCCUGAAGGCUGCCCGGGGCGCGGAGCCGGCGCCGGCGCGGCGCGGGCGCAGGAGGCAUUCCAGGCGCGAUGUCGGUGCCGCUGCUCAAGAUCGGGGUUGUGCUCAGCACCAUGGCCAUGAUCACCAACUGGAUGUCCCAGACGCUGCCCUCGCUGGUGGGCCUCAACACCACCAAGCUCUCGGCGGCCAGCGGCGGGACGCUCGACCGCAGCACCGGCGUGCUGCCCACCAACCCUGAGGAGAGCUGGCAGGUGUACAGCUCUGCCCAGGACAGUGAGGGCAGGUGUAUCUGCACUGUGGUUGCCCCCCAGCAGACCAUGUGUUCACGGGAUGCCCGCACGAAACAGCUGAGGCAGCUACUGGAGAAGGUGCAAAACAUGUCUCAAUCCAUAGAGGUCCUGGACAGGCGGACUCAGAGGGACUUGCAGUACGUGGAGAAGAUGGAGAACCAGAUGAAAGGACUGGAGUCCAAGUUCAAACAGGUGGAGGAGAGUCAUAAGCAACACCUGGCCAGGCAGUUCAAGGCGAUAAAAGCGAAAAUGGAUGAACUUAGGCCUUUGAUACCUGUGUUGGAAGAGUACAAGGCCGAUGCCAAAUUGGUAUUGCAGUUUAAAGAGGAAGUCCAGAAUCUGACGUCAGUGCUUAACGAGCUGCAAGAAGAAAUUGGCGCCUAUGACUACGAUGAACUUCAGAGCAGAGUGUCCAAUCUUGAAGAAAGGCUCCGUGCAUGCAUGCAAAAACUAGCGUGCGGCAAGCUGACGGGCAUAAGUGACCCCGUGACCAUCAAGACCUCCGGCUCGAGGUUUGGGUCCUGGAUGACGGACCCUCUGGCCCCAGAAGGUGAUAACAGGGUCUGGUAUAUGGACGGCUACCACAACAACCGCUUUGUCCGCGAGUACAGAUCGAUGCUGGCCUUCAUGACCACGGACAAUUUCACGUCCCACCGCCUCCCGCACCCCUGGUCCGGCACGGGGCAGGUGGUCUACAACGGCUCCAUCUACUUCAACAAGUUCCAGAGUCACAUCGUCAUCAGGUUCGACCUAAAGACAGAGACGAUCCUCAAGACGCGCAGCCUGGACUAUGCCGGCUAUAACAACAUGUACCACUACGCCUGGGGUGGCCACUCGGACAUCGACCUCAUGGUGGACGAGAACGGGCUGUGGGCUGUCUAUGCCACCAACCAGAACGCCGGCAACAUCGUCAUCAGCAAGCUGGACCCCAUCUCCCUGCAGGUGCUGCAGACCUGGAACACCAGCUACCCCAAGCGCAGUGCCGGCGAGGCCUUCAUCAUCUGCGGGACCCUCUACGUCACCAACGGCUACUCGGGGGGCACCAAGGUCCACUACGCCUACCAAACCAACGCCUCUACCUACGAGUACAUCGACAUCCCCUUCCAGAACAAGUACUCGCACAUCUCCAUGCUGGAUUACAACCCCAAGGACCGCGCCCUGUAUGCCUGGAACAAUGGCCACCAGAUCCUCUACAACGUCACCCUCUUCCACGUCAUCCGGUCUGAUGAGUUGUAAUCCCCUCGGCCUGGAAGCCGAGGGUCCGAGCCCUCACCCACCUGGAAAUUCCUGUGGAACAGCUGCCAAGUUAACGUUGGUGAGACGAACAAGGCUAAUUUGGAAAAAUCAGCAGCAGCGUGGACUCCGGCAUCACAGGGUGGCGUUGCCCCCGUGUUUCUCCAGCUCCAGCCGGAGGGCGGCCGGUGUGGGAAGAAGCCCCCGUAUUUACGGCUGGAACUGCAGCCCAGGGCUCCCCGGUUCCCCCGCCCUGGUCCCCUUUCUGGUCAAUAUACUCAAGAAGUAAGGCACUGACUGUUGGCCUGUUCUCACCGAGAACAACCCACUGUUAGGCUCGCAUGGACUUGUCCGUAGAUCAUGGUCAGCUCGACGGACCUGAGUGUCGUGUCUCAUUGAAGCCCCCCCUCCCCCGGGCCUUGCUCGGCGGCCGAGGGGGCCGCGUAGGCUAGUGUAACUCGCAUCUCAUCACCGCUGCCGUCCUUGACCACGUGUUGUGUCUUAGAUGAACUGUGCUGAGACUCCAAGUAGCCCGUGGACCCGAGUUAGUCCCCGAGAGCGGUGGCCGGCGUGUGUGGCCUGGACAGGCCCAGUGCCACACCGUUCGAAUCCGCGUACCCCGUAGAUACAUCGUGCAAUGUCCGUCUGUCGUUUCCUCGAGGUGGUGACUUGUCUGUUUAAUUGAUGCCAUGAAUGUUGUAAAUGCAGUUCCGUAGUUUGGAUUAGUAAGUGGAUGGCUUUUAUUUCUAAAGAGAAAUUAAAAAAACACAUCAAUGUUCACCCUUAUAGAGAGAUGAUCAAGUUCACAUUGAUAAUCAUGAAAGGAAAUAUCCUCUUCUUGUUAAAUUAUCUAAAUAGUGUAACCACAGAUGAGACGGGCUCAUCUAGGGAAACUUCGGUUUCCAACGGGAAAGAAAUGCUCCUGAGGGUAACAGUGUGCGGAAAGUACCUUUUUUAAGUAAAAAAGAGGGAAACUUUGUACUAUCCUGUUAUCUGAGGAACAAUAAAAAUAUUAGGAGA